CAGAAGAGCUCCUUCCGCAGUCUUGUCUUGUUUACAUGAUACCUCCUAGCUGAAGCACAGUCAGCGGCCAGUUCAGUGUUUUCUGAAAAUGACGGACGUGAAAGCAGAGAAUAUCAGCUCUAUCCCUAUCGACGGCUUCAGCAAUUUAAGAAUUACGUCAAUAUGGACGUUUCUCAUGUCUGUGCAGUGGUCGGAGCCAUGGCUUAUCGGGCUGGUGGUGUUUCAUAUUGUGUGUUUGUGUCUGACGGUGGUGACCUGCAAGUACUACAGAGCUCAGAUCUGUCACUUUCUGCUCAUGGUUGGCAUGGUGUAUAGUGCUGAAUAUCUAAAUGAGCUGGCAGCUAUGAACUGGAGGUCUUUUUCUAAUUUCCAGUACUUUGAUUCCAAGGGCAUGUUCAUAUCUUUGGUUUAUUCAAUUCCUCUUCUGCUCAACACAGUCAUCAUUGUGAUGGUGUGGGUGUACAGGACCUUUUCCACUAUGACUGAGCUGAAGACGCUCCAACUGAAGCGAAAGGCCCGCAGAGAGAAGAGAGAGAAAAACGACUGAUCUCUGUCCCCGUGUCCGUAAAUGGGCUUUACUAAGAGGGGCUUAGAAUCUCUCCUUUGCUAAUCCUGAAAUUUAAGAUGGAGGGCAGAUUCCUUCUUUGUGACUGUAAAAAGGAUUGUUCAUUGAUGUCAAGACGGGAUGUCUGUUUCUGGUUACGACUUUUGGAUGGGGCUGCUGAGAAUGCUGUGUGCUACAAGAUUUAUGAGGACCAAAGGACAGUUACAGUUUUGUAUUUAAAUGUUGUUUUAAAAUGUGUUAAAAUGUGUGAAAAAAAGAUAAAGCAUUUUUUGAAUUA